AUGCAAUCGAAUCAACACCACGCAUCAGUGAUCUACCUGUUGUGCGUGUUUGUUUUAGUAUCGUUUGGGCUUGUGACGAUCUUGUACUCGUACCAGCAAAAUCUUCUCCAGCACGUCGAUGCGCAAACGAGUGCUUCACUGCGCGACAUGCCGAUCGACGGCUUUGCGUAUUACAAAGGGGGGUACAAGACCUUCAAGCCGAAUGUAACAAUAGGGAGUGGUGUCUGCACGUUGUCGGACAACCAAUUGCAACAAGUCAUCGACGUCUUGUCACAGCAGCGGGGGAACCUCUUUUUUCGACAAUUUGUUCCUUUCUACGAAGACGCCGACAAUAACAUAGUCUAUGGGGAUACAACACUUCAAUUGACUGGGAAGUUUAAUAUUGAGAUGUAUGCGGGGUGCACUAUUGAGAAGGGGACAUUCAAUGACACAUUUCUUCGUGUCGACGAGAAGAAUGGGACGGUACAAGCUCUUAGAUGUUAUCUCAUCGUCAAGAACUGGAUCCAUAAUGACAUCGAGGGGUGGAGAAAUUUGGUGAAACGUGGGUUGUUGGAGGCAAAGAACGGAACACUCGAGUUAAAAGACUUUCACAACUUAAAUACAAUGGCGUUGGUCUAUUCAAAUGACGUUAGACCGAAUUUCUAUGGUGUUAUUAGAGGUGGAGGAGAUCACUUCAUAACAGUGAAAGGCGUAUCGUUUGAAGAACAGACACAAAAGUUCCAAAUCAUGAUAUUGCUUAAUGUGUUUCUGAUGGUCUACUUUGUGCAGUCGUGGAUUGUGAUGGCGUCAGACUCAAAUGAAAUGUCGCCAACGUCUUUCAUCUCCAUUGCUGUACUUCCUUUAUAA